GGCGGUAAGCGCGUCCGAGAGUCUUUCUAUUUGUUUUUAAUGCGACAGUGUUAGCAUGAUUUACUUAGAAAAUCCUUUGACCCGGAAUUGUUCUUGUGAUCUAAUACUUCGUCGAAGCAGCUGGAAUGAAAGAAACCAGUAAUGAGUAGUCCAGAUGAGUCUAAACAAGGCGAGUCUUUACCAACAGACGAGAGCAAGGCAAGUGCUUAAGAUUUCUCGUUUUUUAAAAAACUUUUACUAAAAUGUUUCAGUUAGUGAUACUAUAAUAUUGUAUGUCGCUUUAUAUUAUGCUUAUAAGAUGUUAUUUGCAAUUUUGGGGGUCAAAAUCAGGUCCAACAGCCACUGAAUUGUAGCGUAUUUGCACAUAUUCAACUGUGCGUGUUUAAUUUGGUGCGGUUUUGAUUAGCUUUCUUCUCCUCGAGGCGAUAACUAACUGCCUUCUCUCUAAUAUGAUUUUAGGAAGUGAAUUAUGUAAACGUCGAAUUUACACCUUUUACUAUUCAUUACGAGAAAAUACGCAAUCAUUUGCGUGAAACGGCGACCAAAAGUGCGAAGAUACAUUCAUAUGGCGCGAAAAUAGGAACAUUGGCGCAUAAAUCAGAUUCAAUUACGAUUUUUGCAUUUUAAUCAACAUUCAAUAACACUUGUGGCCAUUCAUAUGGGUCAUUGGGCAAACAAAAGAGAAAAAUAUACUCUCAGUAACGCCAACAUCAAAGUCAUAAACACCAUCUUGAAAGUCAAUAUGGAUAUACAUUAAAGUGCAAACACUAUUCAUUAACAUUUUUAUGACACUGUUUGCAAUUCAGUAGCAUUCCUGUGGACAACCUUAGGAUGGAUGAGACAAACAUUAAUGCACUUGUACAAUCAAUUGAGUGUUCUUUACAUUUAAUAUACAAAAAACGAAUAUUCAAUUAAACAAUAGAAGUUCAAACAAAUUUGGCCCGAAUUUCAGUCCAUUAAAUGUAUAUCCCUCAAAAACCUUGCUAUUUAAACAUUUUGGGAGAUAGGUUUGCAUGAAAUGGUACCCCUUAGUACAUUCAGCUGCGGUGACAAUGUCAUGUUUCGGCGCAGAGCUUCAAGCACUGCAGCUGUUGUUUCCGAACUCUGCUAGUGGGAUUGCUAGGGCUUUGCCCUCAUUCCUGUUAUACAUCUUUGAAUUUAUUGGACUCAAGAUGCCGGCCUUUGGUGUCACUUUCAGGCAUUUUAAAUCCUUUUCAACGAUGUCGAGGGGGAAAGCAUAAGCUGUGUACUUAUGGGAUGGGAAUGGCCAAAUCUAGGUGGGCUGGCACCCCAUCAUACACAAAGACCACCUACUUAUCGGAAUCCAUUUUUUCCUCGCCCAUGCCAGAAAAAAAACCGACACAGUAUUCAUUACUCCAGCAGCUGCCGAGGAAAACAUUAAUUUUGAUAGGUGAUAUUGCCAUGGUCUAGUUUCGUCCUCGUUGGCUGCACACUCAGUGGUACGCCCUCCACUCCCUGUCGCGCCCCACCAUGACAUCUGCUGGCUGUCUGGGGUAACUUUUGGGGGGAAUUGGUAUUGUUUAAUUGAAAAGAGAUUUUUGUAUAUUAAAUGUAAAGAAUGCUCAAUUGAUUGUACAAGCACAUUAAUGUUUGUCUUAUCCAUUCUAAAGCUGUCCAGGAAUGCUGUGGAAUUGCAAACAGUGUCAUAAAAAUGUUAAUGAAUAGCGUUUGCACUUAAAUGUUUGUCUAUUGUCCCUAAUGAUUUUCAGAUAAUGUAAAUAACUCAAAUGUUGAUGUUAAUGAAAGUAUAUUUUUCUCUUUUGUAUGUCGAAUGACUCAAAUGAAUGCCCAAAAAUGUUAUUGAAUGUUGAUUUAAAUGCAAAAAUUGUUAUUGAAUCUGAGUCAUGCGCGAAUGUUCGCUUUUUCGCACUAAUGAAUGUAUCUUCGUACUGUUGGUCGCCGUUUCGCGCAAAUGAAUGCCUAUUUUCUCAUAACGAACACUAAAAGGUGUAAUCACUGAUGAAAUUUCUUCGGCAACUUCUGGCUUAUGACAAGAAAUGAAAACUGUUCACUGACUCUUCAGACAGGGUGACAGGGGGAAGUAUUAAAUGCGCAAAGUUGACAAGUGGGAGGGAUGGGGGGUGAUUGGAGGAAUAACCUCGGAAGAGGGAAUGAAAGCUGAACAGGAGUUAUGCUGUUUUGAUCAAGUGGCAAAUUGCUGAAUUGAUUUAGGUUGUGUGAUUUGCCGAAAUACUGUCAAAAUUGUGUCCAAGGAAUACCCCUGGUCAUCGCCAUAAGAAAGGGUUCCAGAAAAUAAGCGUAAAGCUUGAGAGAUGCCUUACACAGUCAUGAUCCAAGCUUAGGGACAUUAUGAAAUGCAUAAAUUAGUUUUCACUAAGAUCCCCCAGAUCUUCACUUCAAGUAGUACUUAGAACCAAAGUUAUGCCAGCUACCAAAUUACAUUAAAUGUUAAAUAUGGAAAAAGCAAAUGGUAUCACAUGAAAAUACUGCUGAAGAGGAUAAAUUAGGAUGGCCACAUCAUAGAGUUUCCUCCAGACAUGGACGUCAGGGUAACAGAGGUAAGCAAUCAGUGUAAAUUAGUCCGCAAGCUUUGAAGAACUGAUUAUAAUAUUAUUAUAAUAAUAUUUCACACAGUGAAAGUGAUAGAAACCAUAACAAUGUCAUGUUUUGUUACAGGAAAAGUUAAGUGAAGCCCUGUUCUAUUGUGGAGAAAAAGGAAAUGUUCAGAGAUGUAAAGAGCUACUCCGUAAUGGUGCAAACGUGAACUGGAAAGCUGGUAGAAAACUAGUAAGUGCAUGUUCAACUUAUUCAACUGACUUAAUUAGCCUUCCCUAUGAUCAUUUUUUGUCUGUCAUUUUUGCAUAUGGGUAAUAAGUGGACACACUGGAUUGAAAGACUGAUACCAAAUUUUCACAGUUUUGUGGUUUUGGGGAAAUAUUAUGUAAACAAAAAUAUUCAUAAGUAAGUGAGGUUGAAUAUUUGUCUAUGUGAGUGUACAUGUAGUCCUGAACAGGUGAAUUGUUACUGCUGAUCUGUAAUUAUUAAUGAUUAAUCUGGUCUUCAAACACUCAGUGGUUCAGGACUCCAUUAAUGCAAGCUGCCAAGUCUGGCAUGACAGAGGUUUGUCAGCUGUAUUUGGAGCAUGGUGCUGAUGUCAAUGCAUGUACUGAGGUAUGUUUUGGCAACUACUAAGUUAUUAUUUGUUCUGACUUUGUUUUCUGUGACCAAAGAGCUGUACGUGAUAGGGGACCUAAACUCCUUCAAUUCAACCCCACUAUCCCUUCAAGCUUAGUGCAACUAGACUCGCUCAGUACAUCAGUAUAUAAUAAUUAUUGGUCUUAGUCUGCUGUUUUAAGUUCUAACAAAAUUAGUGAUGUGUUGCAGGACAUGGUCAAAAUUCAACUCUUUUAAUAACAGUUAAUUUCAGGAUUGGGAUUAAGGCACCAAACCCACUCAUGAAAAAGCCAAUUGCAAGCCCUCCAGUAUGAUUUUCCAUGUCUGUGAAUGACUUGUUCUAGUUCUAGAUCAUUGCCUUUCAUACUGUGUCAGAUAACUUUUCAUGUCGACACAUGGCUAUCCCUUAUAGCGUAGAUAUCACCUGAGAAAUAAACCCAUGAUAUACAUAUUUAAAUAUGUAUUUUCCCUGUCUAUAUGCUUGGCACUUUAAUAUAGGAGCUACGGCUCCAUAGUAUUGUGGAAGCACCAUUAAAAUAAUUCUGGAAGUACAGUUUCAAUGUAUAAACUAAUUUAUUCACUGAUAUUACUUGAUUCUUUAAAGAGCCAUUUCACAGCAAUUAUUUUAGCAGCCCGAUAUGGACACAGUGAAACCUGUAAAUUACUGUUGUCCAAAGGAGCAAACAUCAACAUUCAAACAAAGGUAAAGUAAAAUCUGUUAUUUUGUCCACUAACAAAGACAGGGCUUCUCAUAGGUCGUGGAAAAAAAGUCAAAUUUUGCUGGAUUUUCCGAGACAGAUUGGUGGAAAAAUCAGCUGAUUUCAAGGGAAUUUUGCGGAAAUUUUCAGGGCUAACUUCACAAUUGGUAAAAAAUGGCCGAUUGAUUGAUUUUGUGCUGAUUUGACGAGCAAUGCAUGCUUAAAGUUUUUUAAUGGAGAUAAUCAUCUGCUAUUUUAACAACAAAGAGGAAAUUGCAAAGCUUUUAACAUCUUGACUAGUGCCCAGUUUUACUCCUGGUAGUUUUUGAACAUUGGUCAUUCGUUGUGGUGUUGAAGUUUACGGCAAUUAAAUAGCCCCAGUAGCCAAGAUAAGUUUCAAAAAUGUCAUUUAGACAUGUAUUUGAUAAGUUUUCUAGCGAACUUCCUGGCUCCACUACUGCGCGAAAUAUCAUAGACUCUGCAAAGAGCAGGACUUGAAAAAAGUCCUGUCUGGUAGUUUGGGACAAGUAGAUUUUCUUGCUGGGCGAUUAACUUUUAAAGCUUACUUGGCCAAUGGGCAAAGGUUCAGGGAAAUCGUCCUAUAGCAAAAUCAUUAACUAAGAUGAACAACAAGUGGCCCCAGGCAAGAAAAAUGUAAGAGCUGCUUACCUAAAGGACAAGCCGAAAUUCAAGGUUCUUUCAACCCCUGAAAGGGCCUUGAAAAUGUGGUUGUAUUUGUAAGACGGGGUCUCAUUGUUAAGGGGACAGGUGCACACUCAAUUUAAGGAGAGAUCUUUCUGGGUGGUGAAUGUUAUGAUCAAACCUGGUUUUUGAGUUGUCAGUUGAAAUAUAUUGAUUAAUUUACUGUAUUCACAUUUGGGUGUUCAUGUGUUAUAAAUAGUUGAAUAAUAUUAUAAUAAUUAUUUUAGGAUGGUGAAACAGCAUUGAUGUGGGCAGCUGAUCAUGGCCAUUCAGACACUUGCAAACUGCUCUUGGAGGCGGGGGCUGAGAUCAAUUUCCAAGAUAUUGUGAGUUUAUCUUGAUUAUUCCUUUGGAGAUUAGGCCUUGUGCAAAAAAUGUCGACAUUCUUCAUACUGUACAUUCUUUGUUUGUCUUGCUCGCUUUAGUACGGCUUCACAGCAUUGAUUCGAGCAGCAAGAGGGGGUCAUGCUCAAACCUGCAUUGUCCUUCUGGAUUUAGGGGCAGAUCUUCAUGCUGUGUCCACACUAGGAAAUGAGGUAGGAACUGUGAUGUUCACACUAGGAAAUGAGGUAGGAACUGUGAUGUUCACACUAGGAAAUGAGGUAGGAACUGUGAUGUUCACACUAGGAAAUGAGGUAGGAACUGUGAUGUUCACACUAGGAAAUGAGGCAAGAACUGUGAUGUUCACACCAGGAAAUGAGGCAGGAACUGUGAUAUUCUGCCAUGCACCUGUCUGUUAAAUAUAAUAUAAGGACAUGGGUGAUGAACUUUAACGUUCUAAUCACUUUUUUUACCUUUGUUAACAGGUGUGGGAUGCUGAGAAAUGGGCAGAAAUGAACAAACAUCUGACCAUUGUGAAGCUUUUAAAGGUAUAUUCAUGCUCUCUUCGUUUCUGGCCAUUAUUCUGUACCUCUUUCUAGGGAAUAUCAGCAUGUAAGCCCCCCCACUCGCAUGGGNUGUCUUGCUCGCUUUAGUACGGCUUCACAGCAUUGAUUCGAGCAGCAAGAGGGGGUCAUGCUCAAACCUGCAUUGUCCUUCUGGAUUUAGGGGCAGAUCUUCAUGCUGUGUCCACACUAGGAAAUGAGGUAGGAACUGUUAUGUUCACACUAGGAAAUGAGGUAGGAACUGUGAUGUUCACACUAGGAAAUGAGGUAGGAACUGUGAUGUUCACACUAGGAAAUGAGGUAGGAACUGUGAUGUUCACACUAGGAAAUGAGGCAAGAACUGUGAUGUUCACACCAGGAAAUGAGGCAGGAACUGUGAUAUUCUGCCAUGCACCUGUCUGUUAAAUAUAAUAUAAGGACAUGGGUGAUGAACUUUAACGUUCUAAUCACUUUUUUUACCUUUGUUAACAGGUGUGGGAUGCUGAGAAAUGGGCAGAAAUGAACAAACAUCUGACCAUUGUGAAGCUUUUAAAGGUAUAUUCAUGCUCUCUUCGUUUCUGGCCAUUAUUCUGUACCUCUUUCUAGGGAAUAUCAGCAUGUAAGCCCCCCCACUCGCAUGGGGCUAAUCUACAAAUGGGGCGCACUAGCAAAUGAAUUUCUCAAGGAAUAACCCAUAGGGAGAUAACUCACUGCAAGUUGAAAUCACUGGCUUUGCUUUCCGGGUACUUCCUCCCCUUGUCUGCUAAAAGGAAGUCCUUUCAAGUAGUACACUCUUUAUUAAAUGCCUCGUUGUGCAGCUUAAUAGAUCAUGUGACUCCUUCAGUACCUACCCUCAAACUACUCUAUAUAUGUACUCUAAGGGCUGUCAACUCUCCCGGAUAAUCCGGGAGACUCCAGAUUUUGAACCGUUUCUCCCAGUCUCCGGAUUAGAGUCUGAAAUCUCCCGGAUAAUCGCCGAAGUUUGCCAUUUCUUUCAAAUAUUUUGCGUUAUUUGAGCUACCUUACUGUGAACAUCGAACGUUUCCUCGCAAACUCUGGUAUGCCGUUGUAAUUUAAGCAUUAUUGUGAUUGGUAGGAAGUAAACCAAUUAGGUCAAAUGUUACGAUUCCAACAACAUCUUUUCCACGCGUUUUUUUUCACAAAUGACAUCAUGUGUCGUGCAUUAUGACGUCAUCUAUCAUCCCUUCCCCAUCAAUUCUCAAUAUUUGAAGUCGUGGGGGGUUGACAGCCCUGCACUCUCCUUGCCUUUCUUUUGCCAUUCAGUUUUUUCUAAUUUAUCCUUCCUAACCCUCACCUAUCCAGAUGGGUAAAGCUUUUGACCCAACCAAUCUAAAUUGCUUUUCUAGAGCCACAAAGUCCUUUGCUCUUUGCUCAAAGAUGGUUCAGACCCGCCUUCUUACGUGACUUUAAAUGUCUGUGGUGCUGUUAAUGCUGGUAAAACAACUCUAAUACGAAACCUGCAGUUGAACGCUUUUCAGCGCAGGCGUAGACGCGAGCAUCCAGACACCAGUCAGGACAUGGCCUCGAGGACUGCUGGGAUUGAAGUGGGCAUCAUAGAAGUGCCUGGGGCAGGCGAGUUUCGUAAAAUGGACAUGGCAGGACAUUCAUGGGCAUUCACAAGUAAUGAGUAUUUCAUUGGCAAAAGGACAGCCAUAUCUCUGGUCCUGUUUGAUCUGAGUAAAUCAGACGACGAAGUCGAGAAUGACUUGUUUCAUCAUCUAGGGAUGUUGAAGGCGAGGGAGACGAAACACGGCCAUCUUCGUUAUCGCCCUGAAGUUGUUCUUGUCGCUACUCACCCUGAUACGAUAGAAGGAGAUCCACGCGUCAGAGCGGACGCCUAUUUUCGAAUGUUUUUGGAAAGCUUCCAAGCUUACAUGAAUUUUUAUCCCAAAGUGAUGGUGGUUAACUGUACAGACCCUAACAACAUGGAUUUUGACGCGCUGCGGGGAUGCCUCAGAGAACUUCGUGAUAAGAUAAUCAAGGUAUGCGAUAAAAAUUAUACCCAGAUGAAAGAAAUGCUCUGGUCACCUCUCCGCUCCCUCAUUUGCACGAUCACGCUUCCAUACGCACGCAAACACACACAUUUCAUUGACAGCCAACAGCCCAUGAAAAAAACAUUGAUGAGACAAAAGAAAUAUGAACAUGAAAACUGUCGGUCAGUGUAUGUUUAUUCUUCUGACUUAAGGGCAAAACUACCUUUCCUUCAUUAAAUGUCUGAUUAAUUUUAUUGUGGUGUUCUUUUUGUUCGUAUGGCAUGUGUUAAGCAAAGAACGUGUGUGUGUUUUUUUUUAUCUGUUAGAACUCUGACCGGGUGCCUCGUUUGUGUGCAAAGCUGUUGCCUCGCAUUCGUGCGCUGGCAAAGAAGAAGUCCUCAUUUCCUGUGGUAUCCUGGGAACAGUUUGUUAAAGAAGUAAAGGAAAUCAACAAAACAGCUGACGAAGACGGAGUUAGAAAUGUGGCCUUCUAUCUUAAUGAAAGUGCAGAGGUAAAAGAAAACUUGGUUCAGCACACAUGAAUGCAUUAUAAUUUUGAGUUAGCGCCAUCUUGCCCGACUCAUCCCUUGAAGAUGAAAAGUAGCGGAUUUAAUUCAGUGACUCGUAAUCUGUUGUUCAUACAGUUUUGAAAUCCAGUCCAAAAUACCUGUUCUGUUUAUAGUUUUCCGGAUAUUCCAAACCCUAUAUGUGUCUCUUGUUGUCAGUAGUGUAUUACCACUCUUAUAAGUUCCCUUCGAACAUAUUUUUGAAACACGUAUGUGUGUAGGUUACGUAAGGCUUUUUUUUCUGCGAUGCACACAUCCCCUCUCGGGGGAGGCGUGGGGAAUCCCAUAUGAAGGUGAUAGGGAUGCUCGUCAUCUCGACUAGAGGUAUAAAAAUUUACAGAUUUUGGUUCCACUUAAGUUAACGCUAUCAGGAUGGAAAGCCAAUAUAUUUACCAUAAAGGAAUUGCUUAGGGAUGUACUUUAAGAAAUAUCUGUAAGUAAACUAUCAUAGUGUGUUGGGGUAUAGUCUCCUUUAGGGGUCAAAUAAAGCCUGAAGCACGCCUAGAUUGGGACAAUUUCUGAAGAUCAAUCCCGUCUCUGUCAUAUGGGAACUCCCUAGCUUCCCCGAGACGGAACUUUACUUCCCUUCCUUUUGGUAUCCGGUCCUCCUGAGGUAAGACCAUCGAAAUCAGCCUCCUUCUUCCUGAACUCUCUUGCUAGAAAAGAUUUGUUGCCGACAAUUAUAUUCCAAUCGUUUUAUUAAGGACGUCUCGUGACCUAAAUGUCAUCUUAUAACAGAUUGUGAAUGACAAUUCACCUGAGCUGCGAGACAAAGUUGUACUAGACGUGAACUGGCUGACGUCCCACAUUUUUGGCAUCGCUCUGGCGCCAGCAAACUUCCCUCGAACGCUGCGUUUUGACAGACUCAGCGGAAUGGUGGGGAAACAAGAACUUGAGAGAACCUUUCGGGAAUGUCCUCUCGACCAGCUCGUUGAAUUGUUGGUGCGUUUUGAGGUGUGUAUACCUUGGGAUGAAGAAAAGCUCAUCUGUGAGAACUACCUCUUUCCAAGUCAUUUGGAACAGGAUCGUUCAAACCUUGAUGAUGUCUGGCUGCAGAUUGGGAUCCCUGGCCUAGACCUUUGUGUUGUUGGUCGAAUUUUGGAAUGCCAAAACAAAAUGGACGCUCUGCCUUUUGGCUUCUUCCCAAAGUUUCAAAUUCGUUUGCUGAAGCGGUUUGGGCACAAAAGUCCAGUUUGGUAUGGAGGAAUCAAAAUUGCAGAUGACGUAGUGGAGAUUCUUGCCACGCUGUCAUCAAGUCUUAAAGCUGUUAAUAUCUGUGUUUGGGCGCCAAAAGGAUGCGAAGAGCGUUGCUACGAUGCAUUGAUAUUCGUACAAGAGCUAAUAGAAGAGCUACUUCUCGAAGUUGCUGGAGGAAUCGAAUUUGCGCGCAAAGCUCUGAGCAUUAAAAUGUUUCGCUGCAAACGAUUCGAAGGGUACCCUUUAGAAGAGGUGCAUGGUGCACUAAGGAAAAAUGGACCGAACGCCAGAAUUGUCCUUGAAAGCUGUGGUGUGAAUGAACUAGCUGUGGACGUCGAAUACUGUGGAAUAAGGAGAUUUGUUUAUGCCCCCGACCACAUCACUCACAUGACUCUUAGGGACCGAAGGGAACUUGCUAGACUCCUGGAUGACGACAGAAAAUCAAAUUUAAGUUCAUUGAAAGAGCAACUGCCAUUCGGUUCAGUUCCAGUGGAAAAUGAAGACACGGCACCUUCAGGUACUGAGACUUGAACGGUAGUCACAUUUUAAUAGUCCUGCCGUCAAUGUGUCAGUUUUUGUCUAUAAUACAGUUGAACCUUUUAACUUCAAGCUUAGCCAAGCGUCCAGUUCCUCUCAUGUCGUAGGACGGAAGCGUAUCAGGCUCUUAAAAAAAAUAUGGGCGCACGAGGGAGACACGCGAGGGAAGGGCUCACUCUCCCCUCGUGUGCCCCGUUUUUUUUUUUUUUUCAUAUCCCUAUGAACGCAGGCUAAGAUGAGUGUACAACUACAACAGUGUCAAACCUUAGAUCCCAUGAGCUUGUUAGGUACUAGCAUUGAUACGUGGAUUAAAUAGUUCUCAGAAGAACUCUAAUUGGCUCAGCAUUAUUUUUUUAUUUCGUACACGUCAGAUCUUUAGGGACCUUAAGCAACGACGACGACGACAACAACAAGAACGUCAAAGAAAAAUUGGUUUUCUGCGCAAAACAACAGCUCUGCACGUGCAUCACGCUUUUUAAUACAUUUCUUUGAUGUCCACUGCACGACUACGACGUGAAACCUCCCAAUGCGCCGACGUUUUAUGGAGGACGUGGUCAUACUACGACAAAUUUUCCCUUCUCUAUUUUAACAUGGAUAAAGCCCUCAAGAAUUCAACUCCAGGAAAAGUCGCCUACAUUUGACGAAUUGAGCCGUUCCAAAUAGACGCUUUAAAGUUUGAAAGGACGUAAAUUCAUUUUUUAGUGAUAUUUUCACUGCUGUCGUCGUCUCGCUGCUUAAGGUCUCUAUUCCUGACAAGCAACUUUAGUGACGACAUUACUACGCAGAUCUAACAGAAAGUGCCGUCAUUGCAUUAACCACCAAGUACUAAGUGAGGACGUUGUAUUUCUACGUUCCGACCGCCUUUUAUACAUGGUCCUACGAGCCACUCAAGGGGCGGUUAAAGGUUGAACUCUCGACCUUUCAAUCAGCAAACCAGUCAGUGUGCCCUAUCAUCUGUGCUCAGCCAUACAAGAUAGAGAGAUACAGAGAACCUCAUAGUCCUUACUUACUUUCUAUUCGUUUUAUAGGUUUUACCAGUGUGAUUCCCAAUAGUGAAACAGAUCACUAUCUCUCCCGGUGCGCUGUUCACACCGAGGUAACGGCCAGACUCUUAAUAGAAGCACUGGAACGAAUGAACCAAUACCAAGCUGCCGAUGUGGUGGGAAGAUGGCUUAGGAACAUGGAAAUAUCUGAGCAGGACACCUCAGGAUAUAGAACAAGAGGGGAAAGCAGUGCCUCUGAAGGAAGCCCCUUUGUAAGGUCGCGAAGACGCGGAACUAGCGAAGCUUCUGAAAACUGGGAUGUGUGUUCGAGGAGUAGAGGGGGUAGUAAUGCAUCUGAGGGGAGUUCCGGCUUGAUGGGAUCAGAGAAUAGUGUGAACAGUGCAAGGGAAAUACCACAGCGAAGAUUUGACUCGUCGAGACAAGGCUCUUUCGGAGUAUACCGGGACUUUCCGAGAACCGCUCGUGCUGCUUCGUAUGGAAGUGCAACAUUAAGACAACCGUUUACAAGCAGAGUACGAACCACAAGUGCUCCGUCUGAACACAGCUACGCACGCUCAGCUGAAGAGUCAUAUUGCUCUGGAUCCGUUGACAGACUUUCUUGUGAAGAAUCACAGCGUGGUUCAACAGAACAGAUCGUGCCCGAACCUCAGUCUCGUUGCUUCUUAGAUGCUUGUAGGAACUGCGAUCAUUGCGCCCAAAAAUUACCUCUGCAAGAAACAGAAAUUCCUAAGCCGAGCGAGCAGUAUCCUACUCCUGACACCAUGCAGUUCGCUCAGUGUACAAACAGUGGAGGUACAGAGCCUGAACUCGUAUCAAGUCCAAUGCAAGUUUCGAAUAGUGAUGACAAUCCUGAGCAGACUUCUGAAGAGGAACAACUUUCAGUGGAUGAAACAGGUGAACCAGAUGUGAAAUCCAGUUUCCCUCUCAGGAAUCUUGUUGCUGACCUUUCAUCGAGGUUAAGUCUUAGCUGGAGACCAGUUGCGCUUGAUCUUGGGUUCAGGAACUCCGACCUUGGUCGUUUUGAAGAGUCAAGCCUACUUCGCAUUCAAGCGAGCAUGAUGUUGGAAAACUGGUUAACUAACAACAGGUGUACCUUAGAGUGCAAGCAAUGUGAGCAGACAAUUAAAGAAAGACUCGCCGAAGCGUUUGAGAACGCACAUCGAGCAGAUUUGAAAGAUUUUUUGAUGCAUCAGUUGAAGGAAACGUGAGAAGGUUAUAUGAUACAAUCGACCUUUUCCGUACCUCUAUAUUACGGACAGGUCUAUUGGUCCUAAAGAAACUGAACUUCAUGCAUGGAUGGAAGAAUGAAAUGAAAUGUCGCAGAUUAGAGUACAACAGACAUGUUCACUUCUCAGUAUGCAUUAACAUGUUAACAGUAAGCUUGGACGUCAGUAUACAAGGGCGCCAUUGGCAGCCGCUAUCCGGGGUCCAUUUGUUUAUAAGUUUACUUCAACCCACCCAGCCAUUAUAUGAAUAAUGUGUGUAAUGAGGUAGGCCACACUACCGGGGAACCGAAGCUUGACAUAGUACAGUUAUACAUGGCCUGGCCUUGGAGGCUCGAAAACUGUCUAAGGCUGACAUUUUGGCUGAAAGCCCCAGCUCAUCCAAAAUUUCGCAUGCAGAAUUGUGUAGGUUUAACACCACGACCACAUCACUGAAAGCCUGAAAUUUUUGAUGUGGCUUAGCGUGAAUGAUAGACUGCUUUUAAAUGAUCUAGUAAUGGUUCAUAACUGUAUUCACGACCAGAUACCCAGCCACCUUACUGGAAAAUUUAUGCAGCGUUCGAAGAUUCACGACAGAAACACUAGACGCAGUGGCGAAUUAGAUCUACCAAUCGGAAAGGCUACGAUCAUUUCCUUUUCGAGGUGCAAAGUUGUAUAACAAUAUCCCAAUCGAGAUAAAGCAAAUUUCUGAUAUAAAAAAGUUUUAGAUAAAUGUCUGUAAUUAUUUGUUAAGUUUGUAAGUAUCUAGUCUUAGUACAUUAUGCAUUUUAAUAUUCUUUUAGGUUUUAAUAAUGGGAUAUUCCUGUAGUUGGUCUUUAGUAUUCAGAAUAUUGACAGCGGAAGAGC